UACGUGGCCUCAAAACCUCUCAGGCUCAGCGUUCAGUAUCUGCUGGCAUGUUGACGAAAGUGCAGAGCCAUUUCCAGUCGCACCUGUGGCCCUUUAAAUCUUAUAUAAUUUUGCCGAAAUAAAGGAUAUGAAAUAAACCAUCAUGGUGACUGAUAGGAUUAUCUAAGUGUGUGAACCCAAGAAAAUGUGUUGAAUGAGUCAUUCAAGCAAUAGCCAUAUACCGUUCACGUUAAAGGUAGAUUGUGUGUGAGCUGACUCGCCGUCAGAAUACUUUAAUCAUCACUACUGCAAGGUUAUCAUCUAGUUAGUCAGAUUGGUUGCAAUAAUGUCAGCAGAAUUUAAAGGUUUUGAAAUAUGCUGGGAAGAAGUGUAGCGAAAAAAAAUGGUGGGCGAAGUGGGUGCUGGAGACUUCACUUGGUGCUAGUGUCCGGGCCACCUCCACUCACCAACACCCAGCAAUGAGGACCAUGCGUGAUGGACUUACACUGUUGCUUUUUUGCGGAUAAAAAGCUUGUCAUAUUGCACAAUACUUAACCUAGAUUAUUUGUAUUAAAAAUAUACGAAAUAUGGCCGUCCUGAAGUCCUGCCUCUGUUGUAGCCUUUUACUAGGCUCAAUUAUUGGGGGUGUUUAUGCAACGGUUGUGUAUCUUACGGCAUUUAUCAUUAUGCUUUGGUGGAUACUAGAAGCCGAAGCCGGUGGUGUUCAGGAGGAGGAGCUGAAGGGCGUGCCGAUCCCCAUCCCGGCUUACCUCCUCUGCCUGGGCUACUUGGUGGUGACUGUGAUGUCCAUUUGGAUGCUACAUGGCCUUUAUAAAAAGAACGAGAGGCAUCUGCUGGCAUGGGUGUUCGCCAUGACAUUGUUCUGUUUCCCCGAAAUGGGCAUGGUGGUCUUCAUGAGCCUCGUCCACUGGAAAAUUACUUCAAGCUACGGGCUAGCAGAUCUCGUGUUCUAUAUCUUCCGGGCAGCUUUUAAUCUGAUGUCAGUCCUGUGUGUACAGUCACAAUAUUCUACUUGGCGUGAUGCUGCCGUCAACAGUCAAACACUCAAGACACUAGAACAUUUGCAUAUGAGAACCAUGAAGAAAGAAACCGAGGAGGAUGGGAAUGAAACUGUCCUGUCGUACAAGAACCCUGCCUUUGUUGCAUUUCCCGAGAAUCAUUCCAUCAGCCACGGACAUUCAACCAUGCUGACUCGAUCCUAUUCGAUGGCUUCGCACUAUUCCCCGGCCGUGAUGGCGUCCUUCCCGCCCGCGAAGAUGGCCGUUCCUGGAUGGGAUCCCUACGUCAGCGCACCGCGAGACUCCCAGUCGGAGUUCAACGCUGCGAUGUUUACCCCAGGCUCUAUGGGAAUGGCAUCAGUGGCUCCCACACCACUAAAAUAUGUGGCUGCACGCUCCUUAGCACGGCUGAAGAGGUGGGGCCAGGCCGCCCGUGCCACCCUUUCUGUCGCGCCGCCCCUCAUGGCGACGGGCACGUCCUGGUGCCUCGUCCGUCCUCGCACUCCUAAAUUCUGGAAAUGCCUCCGAGCCUCUUGCUUUCUGUCUCAUGUUAAAAGUUUCAUGCCGCUGGUGAGCUCGAACCCGAGCGAGGCUGCCCUGAGCCCGGCGCCCGCGGGCCUCACCAUCCACCACCACAACUCGCAACUGGUGUACCGAGCCGACGCCCCCUUCGCCGCCCCCUUCGGCCAGCAGCAAUUCUCCACUCAGAGUCUUGACAGACGGAGAUACCUGCAUCGCGAGCGGGGUGCGUCCUCCUCCGUGGACGCCCUCAACCUCCGCGCUCCAGCCCUGAGCCCGGGCGUCGUGGGCUUCCUCAGGGCCGCCCAUGAAAGCAGAAGUUCUUUAGGAGCAGAGAGCGAUGACUUCAGGAAGUACCGUGACAUUGCUUUAUGACGUGCCGCUUCUUCUCAAGCAUUACUAAAAUAACCAAUUAAUAAUUUCUGGUGCACAUAUAUGGCGCUGCGUCAUGUAUGGUUGUGUUGUGAAGAUUUGUCCUAAGUGCCAAGACAUUUGCCAUUAUUUUCACUUUUGCUAUUUUGUGACGUAAUCGGUUUCAUAGAAUGAAAUUUCGCAUCAUAUCCGUGAAAAUACUGUUUACCAAAUGCUCAUAACUGUGGUUGGUUUUCAACACUAAAAUAGCUGUGGAACAGUCAGUGUCUAUGACGCAUCUUUUCCAAAUAUAUUCUCAGGUGUUUGCUUGAUCUUGUAAAGAAAUGCAAACAUUCGACAACUUUUCAGUACUGCCAUAGUAUACACGCAGAUAAAUAAAAAAUCUUAAAGAGCCUUGUAUACAUGCAUAUUAUGAUACAUAUAAUAAUGCAUAAAAUACACACAUAUACACAUACGUGUGUGCGUGCGUAUACGCAUGUAUAUAGGUGCAAGUGUAUGUAUGUUCAAGUGUAUGUAAAACAUUAAACCCAACAAUCGAGAUUACUCACAAGCAAUUGUAAUUGGGGCCAUUGCGUCAUUCCAUAUGCGUAUACGUACGUUGCAUUUUCCUACGAGGCUAACAGUAAGUUUAAUAGUUCCCAAGAAUUCAUUUCUUAAGAUCAGUCUUUACUAAAAAAAAAUCACUUUUCCACAUCAGUGCUUUAAACUGAGAUUAGAUAAUCACGGCUGAUUCUUCUACCCAUCCGCCAAGGAGUUUCUGUAGAGCAGCAUCGCUUAUGACUGGCGCCUGUGUCUGGAAACAAAUUACUUCUGUUCGGCUGAAAAGCCACCUGGAUUUUUUUCUCCAAACACAGCGCGGUGAUGUGGAAUGACAAGUCAAUGGUUUUAUGCUGCACUGAAGAGAUUAUUUCAUGAUUAAAACCUAAAGUUGUCUCACUAAAGUUCGUUCGCGGUGAUCUGUGAAACAUUACACCUUAUCGCACAAAUCAACAUUACUCAUGACGGCCUAGCCAUUACAAGGACAACAAAUAAACCAGCGCAUAAUAUAUUGGCAUCAUGAAUAUAUAACUACACAAGGGUCACAGGACACUGACUCUUGUUGACAAAAACGAGCUGGGAAUUGGAAUAUAAAUUCACAACUCAAAAUAUUGAGAAUAAUCAAACUUAGUAAUUGUACUAAUUGCUUAGAUAACCAGAUACCUUUUCGUGUUCAUAAUCUAUUUAAUAGAAGAUGCUUUAUAGUCAGAUAAGUCCAAUGCUAUUUGAAAGCUGGAGAUUGGUGUACUUCACUACUCAGGUUAGACUAUGGUCUAUAUGGUCUAGUAAAUAUCAAAUACCCUGCUGUAGCAACGGUGUCACAGUCAGCUUCAUUUACGGUCCGUGUUUUCCGUAAGUCAGUCAGGUGCUACCAUAAUCAGAAGGAACUGAAGUGUACAGUGUAAUGGCGUGGCUACAGUAGGUACUUUUUAUAUGAAAUAUAUUAAAGAAUAUAAUACGAGUUAUUUAUACAUUAUAGUAUAGAUGAAUAAAAGCAUAUACAAUUAA